UGCUGGGGGCACACAAAUAACAGCUUGCCGCUUAAACGUUUGAGUAGAGCAUGAGCCCACCCUUUCCCCUGUUUCUUUCCCACUGAUCGUUGCCCUCUUCGAGAGAUGCUGCGCGCCGUCAUCCAGCGUGCUCGCUGCGCGGUCGCCGUCACUCGAAUUCCCACAAAUCAUUCACCUUUUUUUUCCGUCCCUCGCGUCAUCGACCCAAAGUUCGACUGCGGCCAAUCUCCUCCUUCCUCCCAUUCUCAUCCCUUCUCCUCCGCUUCCAAAUCCACUGGAGCCAAAGGCUCCAAGGCCAAGCCCAAAGAGAAGACCAAGGGCGAGUCUCCUGCGAAAUCUGAAGAUGCCGCUGCGCUUGACGACCUCGACUUCGAUCUCCCAUUGGAUGAUCACGAGAGAGCCUACGACGAAGACGAUAAGAGCUUGGACAUUGGGCCGAAGGGGCUGCCACUUUUCACCCAGGCGACGUCUAUCGCCGAACUCACCCGAAAGGACGUGUGCAGCUACAUGGAUUUUAGCAUGGACGAGUUGAUUGGAGUGUUGGCGGAAGGAUUGCCUCUUGGGAUAACGAAGGAAUUCGAGGAAACAAAACGAAGUGCUCUGCUAAUUAGGCAGAGCUUCCUAGACCUUCGAGACAAUUUCAGACGCGUGGUUGAUCCGCCAAUUCAGCAAGAUAGUAAAUCGCUAAAAGUAAGGAAACAGAUUGUCUUGGAUGGUCCUAUUAGCUGUGGAAAAAGUAUUGCCCUUGCUAUGCUCGUGGCUUGGGCGCGAAGCCAAGGUUGGAUUGUUUUCUAUGUCCCAUAUGGAAGGAAUUGGACCCAUGGUGGGUUUUUCUACAAGAAUCCACAGACCGGCUUGUGGGACACACCUAUUCAGGCUACAAAAAUUCUCCAGGAUUUUCUUAAAUUCAAUGAAGCUCAGAUGCAGAAAUUACUUUGCCAAUAUUUAGAACCUAUUCCCUUGGGUGAGGGUGCUGGUGUUGGAAUGAUGAAAGGUGUUGACACGAUGGCAAUGCCAGAAGGUUCUACUUUGUAUGAUUUAAUUCAAACAGGCCUUACAUAUUCACAUGCUUCUGUUGGAGUUGUUGUGCACUUGAGGAAGGAGUUAUCCCUUAUUAAAGAUAUCCCAGUGCUUAUCGCUGUUGAUCAAUACAAUAAUUGGUUUACAUUUAGUGAGUAUCAAGAGCCAGUAACAGCCCGUUCUUGUCGGCCAAUCCAUGCGAAAGAAUUGUCAACAGUAAAUGCUUUUCGAUCUAUGAUGCAUGAGGAUAUGAUGGUCGGUGCAUUUUCCCAUUCCACAGCAGUAGGCAAACUGAGGAAAGACUUACCAGAUGUUCCACUUGAUGCACGCAUAUUCUUUCCACGUUACAGCUUGGAUGAAGCUGCUGCUGUAUGUCAUUAUUACCGUAGGCAGCGACUCAUUCGUCGGGAUGGAUUCUCGGAGGAUAAGUGGAAGAGAAUAUACUAUCUAGCAAAUGGUAAUGGUGCAGAAAUGAGGUGGUUGGUUCCCUUUAUGUAGGACUGGAGCUCAUAAUUUUGAAGUUCAACAGAGGAGCGAUAAGUAUAAGUUGACAAUUUUGGUCAUCAGAUACAUCUUUGCGGAUGCUUCAUCAUCUUAUUCGGAUCUUUCCUGUGGCUGAAGUUCUUGGCGUUUAGAGCUGCAAUUUUUCUUUUUGCUUCCCCCCUCUUCCACUAGGCGAGUCAUCAUCAGAUCAAUUUUGUUGUAUUUCCAUGAGCUUCAGCGCUUCUUUGCUUCCUUCAUAUUUCAUAUUCUAUCAGAUUCUCGGAUCAGUCAAUCUUGAAUAUGUUCAAACUCCUUCUGUGUAUGUCUCAUCGGCCAUCUGGAGAAAAUUGUAUUUGGUUCCUUUUUUUUCUUUUGAUAGUCAAGCUGCAAAGCUUCCUCUGAUUUGUAUGUGAACUAUAGGCUCUUUGGUUAAUGUGGCGGGCUCCAAGCAAUCCGGCUGCCUUAUUCAA